CUUCCCUCCUCAGGUCCAGACUGCCUGGUCUCUGUGCCUGCCAACUCCUCCUUCUGGAGCCGCGAGGAGUACGCCGAGGCCGGGCUGGCCAGGGCUUCCCACAAGGCAGUGGAGGACCAGGGCAUCAUGUGGGUCAUCGGAGGCUACGUCUUCAACGCCUCCGACUAUCACAUGGUCAAAGCAUAUAACGUCAGUAGCAAGAGCUGGCUGACCCUUGACCCCUCUGUGCACACUGUGACGCCGCGAUAUGGCCACUCACUGGCUCUUCAUGAGGGGAGGAUCUACAUGUAUGGAGGAAAGAUCGACUCCACAGGAAACGUGUCCAGCCAGCUGUGGGUUUUCCACAUCCAGAACCAGACCUGGGUCCUCCUGAGCCCCCGGGCCAAGGAGCAGUAUGCUGUGGUGGGACACUCGGCGCACAUUGUGCCCCCUGUCCAGGAGGGGGCCAGUCCCAUCAUGCUGGUUAUGUUCGGACACUGUCCUCUCUACGGUUACAUCAGCCAGGUGCAGGAGUACAACAUCGUGAAGAACACAUGGAGCAUGGUGUCCACAGACGGUGCACUGGUCCAGGGCGGCUACGGCCACAGCAGUGUUUUCGACCCCAGCACCAGAGCCGUCUACAUCCACGGAGGCUACAAGGCCUUCAGCGCCAAUAAGUAUGGCCUGGCAGGAGACCUGUACAAGUUCGAUGUGGACAAGAGGAAAUGGACCAUUCUGAGAGACAGCGGCUUCUUCCGUUACCUCCACACGGCGGUGAUAGUGAGCGGGACCAUGCUGGUGUUUGGAGGAAACACGCACAACGACACCUCCAUGAGCCACGGCGCCAAGUGCUUCUCCUCUGACUUCCUGGCCUACAGCCUAGCGUGUGACGAGUGGACAGUGCUGCCUCGACCGGACCUCUACCAUGACGUCAAUCGCUUCGGACACUCGGCAGUCUUCAGUGACAGUGUGAUGUACGUGUUCGGUGGCUUCAACAGCCUGCUGCUUAGUGACGUCCUCGUGUACACCUCGCCCAGCUGCGCAGCCUUCUCCAGCCCGGCGUCCUGCAGCCAGGCCUGGCCAGGGAUCCACUGCGUCUGGAACAGCACCCAGGGGACCUGCCUGCCCUGGGAGAGCAACGCCAUCGGAAUGGAACCGCAGCCGCUACCGGCCUCCUGCAACACACGAUCAUAUGCUGACAACGAGAGGUGUGACCAGUACACUGACUGCUACAGCUGCACUGCUAACACCAACGGCUGCCAGUGGUGUACCGGCCAGUGUGUGUCUCUGGGAAGCAACUGCACCUCUGCCACGGGGGCCACAGGGGACAAUGACGUUUGCCCCAAGGACAACCCGUCCUAUGUGUGCAACAAGAAAACCAGCUGCAAGAGCUGCGCUGUGGACCAGAACUGUCAGUGGGAACCUCGCAACCAGGAGUGCAUCUCACUGCCAGAAAACGUGUGCGGUGAAAGCUGGCAUCUGGUUGGCAACUCCUGUCUGAAGUUCAUCACGGCCAAGGACUCGUACGACAACGCCAAGCUGGCCUGCCGGAGCCACAACGCCGUCCUGGCCUCGCUCACCACACAGAAGAAGGUGGACUUUGUCCUGAAGGAGCUGCAGAUCAUGAGUGUGGUGUACAAGGCUACAGUGACGCCCUGGGUGGGGCUCAGGAAAAUCAACGUGUCUUACUGGUGCUGGGAGGACAUGUCGCCCUUCACCAACACCAGCCUGCAGUGGCUGCCCGGCGAGCCCAGCGACGCUGGCUUCUGUGGCUACCUGGCCGAGCCGGCGUCCAGCGGACUGAAGGCACAAACCUGCAUCAACCCAGUGAACGGCAGCCUGUGUGAACGCCCAGCCAACCACAGUGCCAAGCCGUGCCGGACCCCGUGCGCCAUGAGAAGCACCUGCAGCGAAUGCACCAGCAGCAGCUCGGAGUGCAUGUGGUGCAGCAACAUGAAGCAGUGCGUGGACUCCAACGCCUACGUGGCCUCCUUCCCCUUUGGCCAGUGUAUGGAGUGGUACACUAUGAACACUUGUCCCCCGGAGAACUGCUCCGGGUACAGAACAUGUGGCCAGUGUCUGGACCAGCCGGGCUGCGGCUGGUGCACCGACCCCAGCAACACGGGCAAAGGUCAGUGCAUCGAGGGCUCGUACCGCGGGCCCUUCCAGACCUCGGUCCCAGCUCCAUCCACCCUCCCCGGCCUGCCCGCCAGCCCCCCUCAGCCGGCCCUCAAUGCCAGCAUGUGCCCCAGCGAGGCCAAAUACAACUGGUCCUUCAUCCACUGCCCAGCUUGUCAGUGUAACGGUCACAGCCAGUGUAUCAACGAGAGCGUGUGCGAGAAGUGCGAGGACCUGACAACCGGCCGGCACUGCGAGAGCUGCAUCUCCGGCUUCUACGGAGAUCCCACCAACGGGGGCAGCUGCCAGCCCUGCAAGUGUAACGGCCACGCCAGCAUGUGCAACCCUAACAACGGCAAGUGCUUCUGCACCACUAAGGGCAUCAAAGGGGAUCGCUGCCACCUGUGUGAAGUCGAGAAUCGUUACCAAGGCAACCCUCUCAAAGGAACGUGCUACUACACGCUUCUCAUCGACUACCAGUUCACCUUCAGCCUGUCGCAGGAGGACGACCGCUACUACACCGCCAUCAACUUUGUGGCCACACCUGAGGAGCCAAACCGGGAUCUAGACAUGUUCAUAAAUGCCUCAAAGAACUUCAACCUGAACAUAACCUGGGCCACUAGCUUCACCGCAGGCACCCAGACCGGGGAGGAGGUCCCUAUCGUCUCUCGGAGCAACAUCAAGGAGUUCAAGGACAGCUUCUCCAACGAGAACUUUGAUUUCCGCAACAGCCCAAACAUAACCUUCUUUGUCUACGUCAGCAACUUCACGUGGCCCAUUAAGAUUCAAAUCGCCUUCUCGCAGCACAGUAACUUCAUGGAUCUGGUGCAGUUCUUUGUCACGUUCUUCAGCUGCUUCCUGUCCCUGCUCCUUGUGGCCGCCGUGGUUUGGAAGAUCAAACAAAGCUGCUGGGCGUCACGGCGACGAGAGCAACUGCUGAGGGAAAUGCAACAGAUGGCCAGCCGGCCUUUCGCCACCAUCAACGUCGCCUUGGAGACGGACGACGAGCCGCCUGACCUGAUAGGCGGAAACAUCAAGUCCGUCCCAAAACCCAUCGCCCUCGAGCCUUGCUUUGGCAACAAAGCCGCCGUGCUUUCCAUCUUUGUGCGGUUACCCAGGGGCACCGGCGGCAUCCCUCCUCCAGGACAGUCUGGUCUGGCAGUGGCCAGUGCGCUGGUGGACGUCUCCCAGCAGAUGUGUGUGGGCUACAAGGAAAAGUCUGGAGGCCUGAGGAACCGCAAACAGCAGCCCACCGCACAGCCAUCCACCUGUAUCUGACCACGCCCCCCUCCCCCGUCCUCCUCUGCCACCCCACCACCCGAUGCUCUCCCAUCAGCCCCCCGCUUCGGCCCCCUCCUUCAGAGACUCCCGCCAGCUCCGCUGUGGCAGGCAGAGGUGCAUGCUGGGAUGCAGGACUAGAACAUUUUGGUGAGGGGCCGAGUCGUCCGGUGGACUGGAGCCUCAGCGGGCUUCCCCUCCGUUUUCCUCCUACGGGAACUAUGGCUCCCCGCGAACAGAAUGACCAAAACUGGACACAAAGUUGGGGAGCAGUGGAGGGAGGGAGGGAGGGACAGAGCGAGCGGGUGCUGACUUCAGCCCUUCCCCUCAGAAAAACAUUUGUCGGCACCGCCUCGUUAGAGUCGAGGCGGCCGCGGCUUGCUGCUAGAAGAGAUCCUCGUCUCGUAGUUUUGAAAAAUCCAGAGACUUUGCAACCCUCGAUGUUUUUCAUUUUACUUAAGUUAUUGUUUUUUUUUUUUGUUUUGUAUUGUUUUAUUUUGAAGGCAGGAACAAACUGGACAUGUUCCAACUGCACACACACACACACACACACACACACACACACACACACACACACACACACACACACUUCCAAAAACCAACUUUCCAAGCCCUUGCACCCAUUUGUAGCCCAUUGUCGCCUGCUUUCACAUUCACAGCUCAGUACUGAGGGCUACUGUCACCGGAGGCUCGUGCAGUUUGGCCUCCAAGCAAGCUAACGGCAUGUUCAGACUUCCUUUAAUGAGGAUCCACUGUAGGAGGCUAGCCGUGCAGCCAAAGCCCAUCCAAAGAGUCUGUCACAUUUCUAAUCAGCCGCUGUGUCUUCUUCCCCUGUCUUCUUUGCGGCCUGUCUGAAGCUUUGUCUCCGCCCCGGUCUCUCUCAGUCUCUGUGGCCAACUGGCUGCCGAGCCAACCACCUUGCCCACCUCUCUGGCAGCAUGGCCGAGUACAAAACAAGACCACAGCAACAUCUUAUCCGCGCUGGCUGGCGGGCAGGCUGGAUAGUAAGCCAGCGGCGAUUGAAACCUUUCCAGCCAAUUACUCCUUCAGUUGCAACGAAAGCCAACGCCGUGUGCACACACAGGUGCACACGCAUGGCUCUCACACAUACAGCAGAGCAGGUGGUGGUGAGAAAACCCUCCGGUGUUUAAUGAUUGUCCUUUUGGCAGUGCUGUGCCUUAAGCCCAUCUGAAACAGGCUUCCUAUAGAUCUUGUGACUCUGAUAGAAUGAAGUGAUUAGGCUGAUCUGCGUGAGGGGAGCCGGGGCAACGGUACAGCAUCCUCUGUGAUCGUUGCCUAAGAAAUCCAUAGCGUCUAAUUGCUGCUCCCGUGUCCCCAAAUUCAACGCAUGUCCUUCCCCCAGUGCCAGAAAUCCCGUUGCUCUCCCCCUUGCCGCUCGAUGGCGAUUGUUCCGUGUCCCUGAGCUGUCUACGGCUGCCCAAUUAGCCCCCACAGCAAUGACGUCUGUGUUCAUAUUGAUGCUACAGUGGAGCUUCUAAUGCCCAACAUUUCAACUGUACCAGGCAGACAACUCUGAACACGAAGCACACACACAUACAUUAGCAGAGUAAGCAGCCACAAUGCACGUGUCAGCGUCUGUUUCCUUUAUUAAACGGGACUUUUGAAUUGGCCACAUCUCAUGAAAGACCUCGGGUAUUGAUUCAAAAAA